AUGGAGGACAGGAGCAAGAGAUGGGAAAUGAUAUUUGCGGCCCGGAUGAGCCAGAUUGUCCCAGGCAUCUUCCUCGGAAACGUUCAAGCAUCAUUCCGACGAGAGAUGCUACGACAAAAUGGUAUCAAUGCCAUGGUUUCACUUACCGAUGCUCGAUGGGUCUGGUGGAACUCUACGACAAGGGAGGCGGGGAUUCCAGCCAGCCGGCAUAAGUGGGUUCAAUGUGCAGACCUCUCGACACAGGACCUCCUCGCUCAUAUGAACAACAUCUGCGACUUUAUUGACGAGAUGAUAUCGUCCGAUCUACCAUCAGCGCACUCUUUGAACGUCCAACGACGCCAAAGCCAUGGGUUAGAUGACCAUCCACAUGAUGCACCUGCAGGAGCGGUACUAAUCCACUGCGACCUGGGGGUGUCUCGUUCACCAACUAUUAUCAUCGCCUAUCUAAUGCGCAAGUAUGGCAUGAAGCUAGAGCAAACAAGGGCUUUUGUUCAACUGAAACAGAAAGUCAAACCAAGUGCUAACUUCAUCCGACAACUUCAAAUCUGGGAAGCGCUGGACUAUCAAGUCUGGGAAGAUGAGGGGCGAACCAUUCCCAAACCGCUAUAUCAAGCAUUUCUCAACGACAGAGCGGUUCUUCUGCAUAAAAGGGGCCUGACAGGGAAUGAGCCACUCGCACCUACCAAUCUUUAG